AUGAAAAUAGCAAUCAUUACUCUAUUAUCAAUAAUAUUUGCAUCUCUGUUACAUUUUAAUUUCACGAUCAAUUUUUAUAUUUUUAUACUAAUAUCAUCACGGUUUCGCCGUCAAGCAAAAUCGGUUUUGGUAAAAAAGUGUUGGCGAUCAAUCCAACGGUGUCUUCACAAAAUGCCAACAAAUAUUCGUAUGAAUAGAAUUUCUCCUGGGAAACCUCCGCCAAAUAGUUCUAGCAACACACCAGAAUAA